AUGGCUCUCCUGGUGUACUCAAUGAAUUGCUUUCUUCUACCCACUACUAUAUGCAAUGAGAUUACCCAAGUAAUCUCAAGGUUUUGGUGGGGAGAGGAAAAUGGUAAAAGGAAAAUACCUUGGAUUGCAUGGAAUCGACAAACACUCCCUAAGAAAGAAGGUGGUCUCGACUUCAAGGAUCCGGAAGCUUUCAAUCGCGCUCUCCUUGCCAAGCAAGCUUGGCGAUUAUUAAGAAAUCCUUCUAUUCUAUUAUCAAGACUAUACAAAGGCCUAUAUCACCCGACAACAUCAUAUCUCAAGGCAGAAACCGGAAAUGCAGCAUCUUAUGGAUGGAUAUCAAUUCAGGAAGGUAAACAACCUCUUCAACAAGGAAUUCAAGUAAGACUAGGUAAUGGCAAAUCUACCCGUAUCUGGGAAGACCCUUGGCUCCCUACCCUCCCUCCACGACCUGCAAAUGGCCCUAUUCUUGAUAGAAAUAUAAAGGUGGCGGACUUAUGGUUUGAAAACCACAGAGAGUGGGAUCCAAAAAUAUUUGAAGGUGUACUUAACCCGGAAGAUCAACUCCUUGCAAAACAAUUAUACCUCUCUCAACAUGCAGAACAAGACACCUAUGAAUGGCCAUAUAUACACCAUGCAAACUACACUGUCCGAUCAGGUUAUUGGGUGGCUACUCAUGUUGAUAUUCAGGAAGAUGAUGCUAUUCAGCCCCCAAACCGGAACGUUGACCUCAAACAGAAAAUUUAG